AUGUCUCUCGUCGUUCCCGAAAGAUCUACUUUCCAACACAUUAUUCGUCUUCUUAACACUAACGUUGACGGUCGUGUCAAGAUCCAAAUCGCCUUGACCUCUAUUAAGGGUGUUGGUCGUCGUUUCGCCAACAUUGCCUGUAAGAAGGCUGAUGUUGAUCUCACCAAGAGAGCUGGUGAACUUUCUUCUGAAGAAUUAGAACGUAUUGUCACUAUCCUUCAAAACCCUGCUCAAUACAAGAUCCCUGCUUGGUUCCUUAACAGACAAAAGGAUAUUGUUGAUGGUAAAUCUUCUCAAGCUAUCUCUAACGUUCUUGAUACCAAGUACCGUGAAGAUCUUGAACGUUUGAAGAAGAUCCGUGCUCACCGUGGUCUCCGUCACUAUUGGGGUGUCCGUGUUCGUGGUCAACACACCAAGACCACUGGUCGUCGUGGUCGUACCGUUGGUGUCUCCAAGAAGAAAUAGAAUUCAUUUCUUCAUUCGACACUUUUUUUUUAUUUCCUUUUUUUUUUCUUUUAAUAGGAAGCAAAUGCUAUGGAUAUUUUAAAACAGUUAUUUUUUGAUUUGAAUUUGGCGGGUUUCUUUUAUUAAAGAAAAAA